GCGUGUAUUGAUGCAUAUUUGUAAUGCACUGCCAUGGCAAUUCGAUGAACUUAAUAGUAUUGAUCACAAUGGAUUAUCUUGUAAUAUAAUAUGCUGGAGAUUACUUCAUCAAUUGUUGGUUAUAUUACUUGUGGGAUGGCUGUCUAUGCUGAGAAUCAAUCAUUUUGAAGAUGUUUAUUAUGAAAAAACGGAUAUAUUUUCAAUUGGCAUGGAUGCUAUAAGUUAUGGCAUAUUAACGGCUAUUCACCUAAUUGUUUAUUGGGAAAAUACAUGGAAGGCACUAACUUAUGUAGAGCUAUUCAAAAAUUUCGAAACAAUACUGCAAAAAUUUCGGCUCUAUCUAAAAUUUGAAGUUAAUACAACUUACUUGUUUCUAUACGUCGCACUAUUGUAUAGCAUGUUGACUUUGAAUAUUCUUAUUACCUUCUUUGUGAUAUAUUUGCGCUAUUUAAAAUCUCUAAAUGCAAUUCGUUUGUUAUUGGAACAAUAUAGUGAAACUAUUUUAAAAUUUAAGUUGCUGGAGUAUGCAUUGUUUCUGGUUAUUAUUGUGACAAUUCAAAGGCACUUGAAUGCAUUUGCCGCGCAUUAUUUAAGAACCACGGUGUUGAGAUUGAGGACUAUGCCUGAAGGCAAAGAACAAACGGACAUUUUAAACAUCAUUGGAAUUCUACAAGACAUACACAAUCUUCUGGUUACCAAUGUAAAUCACAUAGAAAAUUACUUUAACUGGAGCCUUCCCAUGUUGAUUUUGAGAAUGUUUACCGAAAUUGUUCUAACGUCAUAUUGGAUGUAUUACAUAACAGAUUAUGAACUAUCUCGUUUAUAUCAUCUAUAUGGCUACUCCUCGAUAAUAUUACAACUUAUGUUCUUAUUUGUAAUAUGUGCCUUAUGCUCACAAAGUGAAAAAUUGGACACACAACUUGCAAACAUUUUGCACAUGUCAAGGCAUCAACGCCAUAAUCCCCUUUUAAAUGGAUUACUCAAUGAAAUGUCCUUGCAGUUAUAUCAUCAACAAAUAAAAUUUACUGCAGGUGGUUUUGUUGAUGUAAAUUAUAAAGUAUUUGGAAAGUUCAUUUUUGCAACCGUAUGCUAUGUUGUGAUCCUUAUACAAUUCCAUAUGUCAGUCUAGGAAUCAUCCCUUAAACGAUUUCCAAGUCAACGUUAUAUCAUUUUAAUGAAAUAUACCAUUAAAUUUUGAACAUACUAUUGUAUUACAAUUGUUGUAUCAAAAAUUGCAUAAAUGAACCAAGGAGGUUUAAGAGAGAAAGCGUCGGCAGCUUCGUUUUUUUUUUGGUGGAAAUGACCAGCUCUGUAUAUCA